GGCCGAGCCAUCAUAUUCAGGCAUUCAGAGGGAGAGAAAGUGGGUGUGUGUGAGAGUGUGUGUCAGAGAGGAAACAUUACUAUGUAAAAACCUGCCACUGACAAUUGAGCGCUUGACAAAACACACACUCGUUGACGCACGGUCCGCACGCCGCGCGCCAUCACACUCACACACGCACACACACACACACACGCGGACGCUGAAGGCGCUGUCGGAGAGUGAACCUGCGGGUUCAUGUCACUCUGAUUUCUCCAAGGAAGAGGAAUACCGAGGAAAAGAUCAGAGGGGGGAAUAUCAGCGACAGCGAUGGCUUUCGCGACCGUGUGGAACUACUGCGUCCCUCUCACCAUCAUCAUCGUCGCCUGCCUGGUGCGCACUGCCCGUUGUCAGGCGGUGCAGGCGGAGAAUGUGACAGUCUUGGAGGGAGGUACGGCUCAGAUCUCCUGCCGCCUGCAGAACUACGAUGGAUCAAUCGUGGUUAUCCAGAAUCCCCGCCGGCAGACCCUCUUCUUCAACGGCACGCGAGCCCUGAAGGACGACCGUUUCCAGAUGGUGCUCUUCACGCCACGGCUGGUGCGCAUCACGCUGACCAACGUCAGUGUUUCGGAUGAGGGUGGCUACUUCUGCCAGCUCUACACGGAUGCCACGCACCACCAGGUGGCGACGCUUUCUGUUUUGGUGCCCCCGGAGACGCCCACGGUGGAGGUGAAGCAAGAGGCCGUGGAGGGCGGUGAGGUGGAGCUCACCUGUAUGUCACCUCGCAGCAAGCCAGCUGCCACCCUGCGCUGGAUCCGUAAUGGCCGAGAGAUACCAGGUGUGGUAUCCCAGCAGGACAACGGGAAGACGUUCAGCGUGUCCAGCACCAUCCGGAUCCCGGUAGAAAGGAAAGACAAUGGGGCGGCGCUGAGCUGUGAGGCGUUCCACGCAGCACUCAGCGGGCAGAAGAGGAUUCGACACUACCGUCUGGAUGUGUAUUUUGCACCAACAGUGAGAAUUGUUCCUCCCUCCGGCAUUUUGCGGGAAGGCGACUCGCUCAGCCUCACCUGCUCCGUCACUGGGAACCCUCUGCCCAGGAACAUUCAGUGGUCCAAGAUUAACGACACCUUACCUGAAAGGGCAGAGAUUUCCGGCCCCACCUUUCAGAUUUCCCGUCUCAGCCAAUCACACAACGGGACGUACUUGUGCCAGGCCCAGAACAACUACGGACGUGCUGCCGAUCAUUACACCCUAUUGGUGUAUGAUAAUGUGUCAGUCACUACCACGGUCCCUCCCACUACUCCCACCACCACCCAACCAAUCACCUCCCAUCCCACCACCCCAACCCUCCUAACACCCAGCUUCGCUCCGGACUCAAAAGAUCCCGGUGCAGUGGUAGAGACUCACAGUGCAGUACCAUAUGCGGUGAUAGGUGGCGUUCUGGCACUGCUGGUUUUCACUGUCAUCUGUGUCCUCAUCGUCACCAUCUGGUGCUCUGUUCGACAGAAAGGCUCGUACCGUACACGAGAGCCUAUUCUUGCUUGGUAUUGACCUAACAAUCAGUUAACUAAUGAAUUAAUCAGUCACAGGUUCCUAUCUUACCCAUGAGGCCAGUGGGUUGGAUGAACAUGGUGAGGUGCAGGAGGCUUUCCUCAAUGGGAACGACGCCAGCCAGGGCAAGAAGGAGUACCUACUGUAGCCCUUCUCCUUCCCUAUCCCCUUCUCUUCUGACCUCAUCCCCUGUAUCCCGUCCUCUCCCCCUUUGUCCCACCUUAUAUACAGUAUACACACACACACACACACAGACACACACACACUUCUAUACAAAGCGCCAUAACAGGCGGCCUUCUGAAAACGACUGUAUACAGAUACUGCACACAGCCAAUCCAUCCCGCUCCAUUCCACUCCAUAUCCUCCAUGUACACACACACUCACACCCGGAGACAGAUUGAGAAAAAGAGAGCCUAUAGACCCACCAGCCAUUAACGACUGUGCCAUAUACUGUAAGUCGGAGAAACUGGAGAGAGCGAGAGAGCACUGGAGGGGGGGGGGUAGGGUGAGGUGAAUGUAGACAAUAACGAAAUGAUGCCAUAAUUAUUUUUGAUCGAGAGGGAAGCAGGGAGCACAAAGAAAACAGGCACUCUGCCCGUGCAGCCGCCAAAGUGGAAGGGGGGAAUUACAGGCAGAUGACUGCUAUAAUUCCACGCCUGGAGAAAACCGUCUAUUUCACAAAGCGCAAUCUUUAACUGAUGGAGACAGUGGGAGCAGUGUGUUAGGGAGGGAGGGGGUGGUGGGAGGGCAGGAGUUGACCAGGAGCUACUGAGCGCUAGACACAAGAAAAUUGAAAUUUUGUAAAAUUGCCAAAGCAUCUUUCCUACAGAGCGCUACUCAUAUAUAAUUCCCUAACAACACUGGAGCGUUUCAGCCCAGAGUCCCGGGAAGUAUACAGACUUUAUUACCAAGAUAACUGUCCUGUUUUGCAAUCCCUGUUGGGUGGCCUGCCGAUAAUUUGUGAAAAGAAACCAUCUUUCUUUUUUUCUCCCCCCUCGCCGCAACAGUGAGGGAAAGGUGGUUCUCUUUUCUUUUAAUUAACUCUCCAUCUCGUCCUUCCUCUCCAUUCACCUGUUACCAUCCUCUCCCCUCUCCCUUAUAUCUCUCUUUCUCUCUGUCUGUCCCCCCUCUAUCGCUCCUCCUUUGUUGGCUCCUAAUAAUGAAAGGAUUAGUGUUGGGCUGCGUUCCCGACAAAGAAGAAAGGAAUAUGACUUGCUAAGGCAUUAAAGAAAAGCUUAAUUAUUUUAGAAUGUCAUUAAGAGGAUAAAAAGGUUUAAAAGUCUUAAUAAGAAGGGCAAGGGGAGUGAAUGAAUGAGAAAAUAAAAAAACGGAAGGGUAUUUUUUUUCUCCCUGAAUGCUACCACACAUAUGCAGAUACAUGCACACAUUCAUACGUACAGUAAACAUGUUGACAGAACAAGUAUACAUAUCUCUGAAUUCCUUAUUUGUAUAAAAAAAGAACAGCAACAUAAAUUAAAUGAAACUUUUAAGAAAUGAAAAAAAAAAA